CCCUUCCCCUCUUCUCAAGCAGUCUCUUGAUUCUCUCGCUCUCUCUUCUCCCUGUCUUUCUCUCUCGCGAUCUUCUUUGUGGUUAGGGUCAGGGUUUAGCAUUGUCCAAAGAGGUUGGAGGUCUUUAGCAAUGGCGGGAGGAGCGAUCGUUAGCACCGGGGCGCCGAAGGAUUACCCCGGGAAGCUGACCUUGUUCGUUUUAUUCACCUGCAUCGUCGCGGCCACCGGCGGGCUCAUCUUCGGCUAUGAUAUCGGAAUAUCUGGUGGGGUGACUACGAUGGAUCCGUUUCUUUCGAAGUUCUUCCCGGCGGUGUAUCGGAAGUCGAAGGAGAACCACAGCACGAACGAGUACUGCGCGUUCGACAGCCAGGUGCUGCAGAUGUUCACGUCGUCGCUGUACCUGGCGGCGCUGAUCGCGUCCUUCUUCGCGUCGGUGGUGACGAGGAUGUUCGGCCGGAAGUGGUCGAUGUUCGGCGGCGGGAUCACCUUCCUCGUCGGCGCCACCCUCAACGGCUUCGCCAAGGACAUCCUUAUGCUCAUCCUCGGCCGCAUCCUCCUUGGCAUCGGCGUCGGCUUCGCCAAUCAGUCCGUUCCGGUGUACCUUUCUGAGAUGGCCCCAGCCCGGUUGCGUGGAAUGCUCAACAUUGGCUUCCAAUUGAUGAUCACCAUCGGCAUCCUCGCCGCCAAUCUCAUCAACUAUGGAACGUCCAAGAUCAAAGGUGGAUGGGGCUGGCGCCUAAGCCUUGGUCUUGCUGCCGUCCCUGCUGGCAUCAUCACCCUGGGCUCGUUAUUCCUUCCUGACACCCCGAACUCCCUCAUCGAGCGUGGCCAUGCUGAUGAGGCCAUGCGCAUGCUCCGCCGCAUCCGUGGAACUGAUGACAUCCAUGCGGAGUAUAACGAUCUCGUUGCCGCCAGUGAAGAGGCGAAGCUCGUGAAGCACCCCUGGAGAAACAUUGUUGCGAGGAAGUACCGCCCCCAGCUUACCAUGGCCAUCCUCAUUCCCUUGUUCCAGCAGCUAACUGGCAUUAACGUUAUCAUGUUCUACGCUCCUGUGCUCUUCAAGACCAUCGGAUUUGGAGGCAAUGCGGCUCUCAUGUCAGCCGUAAUCACCGGGCUGGUUAAUGUGUUUGCUACCGUAGUCUCCAUCUUAACCGUCGACAAGCUUGGCCGGCGGAAGCUUUUCCUGCAGGGUGGAUCCCAGAUGCUUGCUUGUCAGAUCAUUGUCGGAACACUGAUUGCAAUCAAAUUUGGGACUAGUGGAGAGGCAACUCUUUCCAAGACCUAUUCAGCUUUCGUGGUGUUCUUCAUUUGUAUCUAUGUUGCUGGUUUCGCAUGGUCCUGGGGCCCCUUAGGGUGGUUGGUACCCAGUGAGAUAUUCCCGCUAGAGAUUCGAUCAGCUGGGCAAAGUAUCAAUGUCUCUGUUAACAUGCUUUUCACCUUCCUUAUCGCCCAGGCGUUCCUAACGAUGCUCUGCCACAUGAAGUUUGGCUUGUUCUACUUCUUUGGUGGGUGGGUUUUAAUCAUGACCACUUUUGUUGCUCUCUUCCUUCCAGAGACUAAGAGUGUGCCAAUUGAAGAGAUGAUUUUGGUCUGGAAGUCUCACUGGUUCUGGAGCAAGUUCAUUGCUGAUAAUGACAUCCACGUCGGAAGCGACAUUGAGAUGGCCAAUGGCAUUUCGAAGGCUAGGUCUAAGUGAAAUCAGAUAGACUGACCUAUAAAUAGGUCGUAGUUAGCGGUCUGCUUCUUUCAACCAAGAUUUGAGUUGUUUGCUUUUUAAUUGUUUUUUUCUUAGAUCCAGUUUUUUGUUUCUUUUUGAUGUUAUAUACGGUAUCAAUCAAUGUUUAAAGAAUUAAGAGACAUCAGUAAAGCUUGGAUCAUUAUAUGAUUA